AUGAUGGUGGAAACGCACCGCGCGCCGCCGCCCCGAUGUGCGCGGCCAGACUCCCGCGGCAAGCCCACCUCCGCUUCCGCGCCACCUUCCCUGGCCGGCAGUGGCACCCUCAUGCAUCUCCGCCGCCGACGUCACAAGACCGUGCACUUCGGAGAGAACCUCCUCAUGCAGGUCUGCGCUGACCGUGCACAUUUGACGGCCCUCGGAGCGAGAGUGCCCGAUAUAUCCUUUUGUCACAAAGCUCACACUGGAGUUAAUAAGGGUGAUCCACGUUUCUGCUGUGUCGCCCACCAUUGUUGCUUGGCAGCAGGUGCUUUUGUAGCCUUAACCUCGAAUGGGCGUCAAAAAUCAGCCAGAGAACGUAGCGCAGACUCACACUCUAGUGGCGGCGAAACCGGAGACAAAGGCGAGGGCGGUGGCGGUGCGAUAUCAAAAGAACCGAAACGGAAAACUAAACACCACCAUCACCACCACCAUCACCAUCAUCAUAAGAUACACAAUUGUCCUUAUCAUGAUGUCAGACCUCCCCCCGAAGAUGAACCUGAAGAGAAAACGAUAGUUCCAAAGAAAACUGUAUCUCCGUAUCUCUAUAUUCCUAGUAAACUGGAACCAAAUGUCCAGCAGCUUUUCAGUUUUAUAGAAAGUGUACUAAGUGCAUGGGCUGCUGAAGAAGGUCUCACAAGUACUGGAGAAUACUCAGAGCCUGAUGAACGCAUAGUCCGUAGACGCAAAUUAAAUAAGUAUAAGAAACGCACAGAUGUACUAAAUAUUCGUCGUAUCGUGUAUGAAGUAUCAAUACUUCAAGGAGCCAAGCUACUUGGAAAUGUUAGGUUUCGACAUUAUCAUUGGAAGGGGACUGCUCAAACUUGUAAUGAAGCUUUCUUGAGAAAGAUAUCAGAUGAUGAUCGCAUGUCUUUGACGACGGCUGUAUCUGAUGAAGAGGAUCCUGGUGAGAGCGCAAUGAACUCUCCUUACAAGGGAAAGCAGACGGGAGCCGCUGCUGCCUCCUUUAACUGCACUGGGGCUGUGAGAAAGGCUGGAUUCUUAAGUGUGAAGAAAUGGUUGCUGCGUAAAAAGCAUCAGAUUGAAUUGGCUCGAAAACGAGGAUGGAAAGGUUAUUGGGUGUGUUUGAAAGGGACUACGCUAUUAUUCUAUCCUUGCGAUUCAAGAGAGGGGCGCUCUGUAGAAGCUGCGCCUAAACACCUCAUAAUAGUCGAUGGUGCCAUCAUGCAACCUAUACCAGAACACCCCAAACGAGAUUAUAUAUUCUGCUUGAGUACGGCUUUUGGUGACGCCUAUCUAUUUCAGGCUCCGUGUCAGGUGGAGCUUGAAAACUGGGUAAACAGCAUACAUAGUGCAUGCGCAGCAGCUUUCGCACGUCAUCGGGGUAAGACGGGGACGCUUCAUUUACUGCAGGAGGAAAUUUAUCGAUUGGAAAAAGCUAUAGAAACGGAUCACAAACUCAAACACAUGGCGGAUCUUCAGCAGUCGGUCGUGUCAGAUCCGGAAACAAGAGCUCAAUUGGCUGUUCAAAUGCUGCAAUGGGAGGAAAACCUUGAGAGAUUGCACUGCGAACAAUUCAGACUCCGGUGUUAUAUGGCGAGCUUACAGAGCGGUGAACUACCUAAUCCUAAGUCGCUGCUAACGCACGUAUCUCGAGGCACCAAGACAACUUUGAACAAGCUGGGUGUGUUUACGGUGUCUUCAUUCCACGCGUUCAUCUGUGCUCGUUCUCCAUCAUUACUCAAUAACUUACUGGCUGGCCGUGGCGCCACCAAGCGACGAGCUCCAAACCUGUCCAGAUCAAAUUCUGGAUCUAGCCGACGUUCUAUGCAGAUGUCUCGUGAGGAAGGUGAAGCGGCGGUCAGGGUAUCAUUACCCGAGGGUACCACCGCUACUGUGGGCGUCAGGGAGGGUAUGUCUGUGGAGGAGUUCCUUGCAGCCGCCUGCGCUAGACGAUCACUCAACCCAUUAGAGCACUUCGUCAGAGUUAAGAAACGACGGGAUAUGGAAGAUCAUAAUUAUUUUGUACCGCAUAGGAGCGACCUCAUCGAGACAUAUCUCCAUACACAUGAAGUCGUGGAAGUAUGUGCGAAGAUUCUGUAUCAAGUAGAGCUGCAACGGAAUACCCUGGAACAAAUGUGGGGCUUCAGUGUUGAGGCUGAACUCAUAGAAAACGCGGAACGCCAAGACGAACUCUGCUGUUACGUCAGCCGAGUUGAGGACAAAAGCGUUGCUAUGCAAAAUGGUAUAAUUAAAGGCGACGAAAUAAUGGUGAUUAACGGGGCGAUCGUAUCUGACCUAGAUAUGAUGUAUUUGGAAAGCGUAUUGCAAGAGGAACUCUCGCUAGUUAUGAUGAUGAGGUCAUCUAGAACGGAGCCGCCAGAACUAAGCGGAGUAAUGCGAGCUGCUACAGACGACAUAAUCGAUUCCUUGGUGUGUCCGCCGCCUCCCAGCGAGCCUCCAGUCAUCUCCGAUGACAUGAUAUCAGGACUCAUCGUACCAGCUCCCGCAUGGAGCAAAGAAUUAUACAGUCCGGAGACAGAAGUUCAUGGAGAAGCAACUAGUACGGGCCCACCGAAAGUAAGCUCUCGUACUAAUUCCUUCGAGAUCGAGAACCUACUCAAGAAGUGUGGACGUGUCCGUGUGCGGCAGAGCGCGGAGCAAGUGACGGGGUGGUGUCGUUCCCCUGCUGACACCCGCCGUGGAAGUCCCACGGGCAGCACCAGCGCCGCUGUCACACCAUCAAGGCACCUGUCGGACGCUGACAAGCUGAGGAAGGUGCUUAUGGAGCUUGUGGACACUGAACGAGCUUACGUCAAGCAUUUAAACAAUCUAUUGGAAAAUUACCUUGAACCGUUGAAGAAGGAAACUUUUCUAUCAAACGCUGAAAUCAACGCUCUGUUCGGAAAUAUUCAAGAGAUAGUAACUUUCCAAAGACAAUUCCUGCAAAACUUGGAGGAGGCGCUCGAGGCCGAACCGAACUUUAAUCAUUUCGAGUUUUCAAAUCAGUUUAAGAACGUUCUGUUCGCUGUUGGAAAUGCCUUCCUCUAUUACGUCAACCAUUUCAAGUUAUACAGUUCCUUCUGCGCCAGUCACAGUAAGGCACAGAAAGUUUUACAUCCAAAUGAAGGAAAUCAAGCGUUACAAGAAUUUUUGUCAGCUCGUAAUCCAAAGCAGCAACACUCUUCAACGUUAGAGUCGUAUUUAAUUAAACCAAUUCAGCGAAUCCUAAAAUAUCCAUUGCUUCUACAACAAUUGCGAAACUUAACUGACGUAAAUUCAGAGGAACAUCUUCAUUUAGUAGAGGCUUUGAAGGGAAUGGAAAAAGUGGCGGAACACAUAAAUGAAAUGCAACGAAUCCACGAGGAGUACGGUGCUAUAUUUGAUCAUUUGUUUAGACAACACCAGAAAUCAUGCAAACAACCGAUCGACCUGAGUCCUGGAGAUCUGUUGUACUAUGGCGGAGUAGAAUGGUUGAAUAUAUCAGACUUUUUAGGUAAAAUAAAGAAGGGUUUGGAGUUGCACGCUAUGUGUUUUGUAUUUAAAUCAGCCGUUGUCUUCCUUUGCAAAGAAAGACUGAGACAAAAGAAAAAGUUAAUGGGUGUAUCCACAAAAAAUAAUUCGAAUGAAGUGGAAAUAAUACGUUAUCAAGUACUUAUACCGGUGACGGAGGUCCAGGUUCGAGCGUCUUCAGCUAAAGACAUGGAUAGCCACUUCCUUUGGGAACUCAUACACCUGAGGAGUCAACUGCAGCGGCGCUCCGAGAAAGUAUACGUUCUGUCUAACAGUACGGCGGACUUCCGUAACGCAUUCCUCAAGACGAUCAGACAGAUCAUUCGGGAGUCGGUACGCAACAUGUCCCUCCCGAGUUCAAGGCCUGCGCCUGCGCCACCUCGGGCGCCCAACACACUCGACCGACCGAAACAUCAGGUCCAGGUAAUGCAGGGAUCGCAAACUCUUGGCAAAACAAAGAAACCUAAAACGUCCGGCCAGAGAUUGUCUGCCGGCAAUAUAGAGGUUGGUGAUUUAUCUCGUGAAAAUUCACAAGACGCAGAAGAACCUCCCCAAGUUUCGGAACUGUCGUCUGAUGAAACUACAUUCAGACACAGAAGCAAGACUGUGGGGGACGCAGCAGGUAAACCAUACCACAGCAUCGUGAAACGUCCUGUUCCUUCCGCUGCUACGACCACUGACACAGACAAGUCUGAAGGGGGUUCCAAGUCGGAGGGUGAGGACGAGCCGCCACCGCCACCCGCUAAGCGAGGGUUAGGACGCACUCCCAACCAUCUAACCCUCAGCACGACUUCAACACUAAGCGCUGGUAGCACGGGUAGCCAGGCUAGACUUAUUCAAUCGUCUCACCAACCAACACAAUACCAGCCCACAAUGAUCAAAGAACUAGGUAAGCAAGGAUCACAGUCACUGAAAUCAUCUCCAGAAAGGAAGUCUUCCUCGGCCUCUGAUAAAAAGAUUAAAGUCGUACGAUCGGGCAGUGGCAGCAACAUCAAUAGGGACAGGUCACCAAGCAGACCAAUAGAACAUAUCUCCCCAGACAGAGAUUGCGUGACCAAAGUUAUAAUUUGCAAAUCCCCAAAUAAAUCUAGCUUGAAACAGAGCAAAACUCUCCAUCGUUCCCCGAGAGGUAGUUUUGAUUACUCGAGAUCCCCACGUGAAUCUAUUGAUAAGACUCGUUCACCGCAACAGAGUUUCGAUGGCUCUAGGUCACCACGCGGUAGCAUCAUGAAGUCUAGGGAAAGCAGUCUAGAUAGGGCAAGGUCGCCUAAACCUGCUCCGAAAAAAGGCAUAAUGCGAACCCCACAAGCCAGUUUCGAUAGAUCACCUUCUAAGUCUCCAAAUACUAGUCGGCGUUCCUCAAAGUCUAGUGAGAAAUUAGCAAAACUGGGUACUAAUUCAUUAGAUAGGAUGACCCACUAUUCGCAACUAGCCAAGGCUGAGGAUAAAGCCAUUAAAAUGGGAAUCGUUGUAUCAAAAUCUACCGAGUCAAUCGCCAAGGCUAUCGAGCAUCCCACGUGCGUGGAAUGUUACCUCUCAGGGAAGCGAACUAAAACCUCUUAG